GUUCAACCUCCAGCGCGCUUCAUUUCUCCAGCACAGUCAGCGUGACGCAGUUAAAUCAGUAGUGAUUUCUGCAGAGUUAAAUCUGUGUUUCUCAGUUCCUAAACUCUUGAUUAUCGAGCGGAAUGGCGCAGAAUAUGCUGCUGUACUGGGGCACGGGCUCUCCGCCGUGCUGGAGGCUGAUGAUCGCCCUGGAGGAGAAGCAGCUGCAGGGCUACAAACACAAGCUGCUGUCGUUCGAUAAGAAGGAGCACCAGAGCCCGGAGGUGAAGGCGCUCAAUCCCAGAGCUCAGCUUCCGACAUUCAAGCAUGGAGAGAUCGUGGUGAACGAGUCUUUCGCCGCGUGCCUUUAUCUGGAGAAUGUGUUUAAGACUCAAGGCACUCGACUGAUCCCAGACGAUCCGGCUCAAAUGGCACUCGUCUACCAGCGCAUGUUUGAGACUGAAAACCUGCAGCAGAAGAUGUAUGAAGUGGCCUUUUAUGAUUGGAUGGUGCCUGAAGGAGAGAGACUGGAAUCUGCUCUGAAGAGGAAUAAAGAGAAGCUGAUUGAGGAGCUCAAACUGUGGGAGGGAUACCUGGAGAAGAUGGGUAAAGGCUCGUAUCUGGCUGGCAAGAACUUCAGCAUGGCCGAUGUGGUCUGUUUCCCUGUGGUUGCGUAUUUCCCUCGACUACAGUGUCCUAAAGAGAGAUGUCCCAGACUGAUGGAGUACUAUGAGAUGGUGAAAGAUCGGCCCAGUAUUAAAGCCUCCUGGCCUCCAGAGUGGCUGGAGAAACCGGUGGGUGCGGACAUUCUCAAGAGCCUCUGAGGAACCGGACAAAUCUUCACCACAUUUAUAAAUUCACCUUAAUGCCUUACAGAAGAAACUGCUCUUCCACAAAUAUUUCUAAACUAACCACCUGUAUUACAUUCAUUUAAUUUCCUGCAUAACAUUGUUGAGUCAGGCUGCAUGAUAUUGGGGAAAAAUUACAUUGCAAUAUUUAGCUUUUUUGCAGUAGUGACUUUCUAGUAUAGCGGAUCUGCAUAAAAUAUAACAAACCUCAUGAAUACCAAAACGAAGGAUACAAAAGAGAAACAAAAAUAUUUUAUAUUUUUGGGUAGUGGUCAGACAGAGAUAUAUUGAAUUAUCAAAUGUGAAAUAACACUUCACAGUCUUCCCUAUAUAAGUGAAAUGCAACUAAUCUGCUGUAUGUUAAUGCUUUAAACUCAUUUAUUACACAGUAUCAGGAAGAAGAAAACAAAAAAACUUAUGAAACAUUAUAAAUUUAACUCCACAGUCGCUAAAUUAGUUAUAAAAAAUGACAUGCGCUUCAAACUGUGGUGCCUGGUCAUCUAUAAUGCCUACUUUGAUCCUGAAAUGUUAUGUUGUUCAGCCCUAUUGCAGAGAUUGAAUUGUUGACUAUUGAAUUGAACUGUUUAAGGCACAGUUCACCCAAAUGUGAAAAUUCUCUCAUCAUACUUGUUCCAAACCACUUUGAGUUCUGGUGCCCUGUGGAACACAAAAGAAGAUGGUUUGAAGAAUGUUGGAAAGCUGUAACCAUUGACUUCAUUUGUAUUUUCAGCUAUGGAUGUCGAUGAUUACAGGUUUCCAAAAUAUCAUUUGUAUGUGAUUAAAUGAUAAGAGGUUUUUGUUUUUGGGUGAACUAUCCCUUUGCUGUCAUUGUGCCUUAUUAACAUGAUUAAAGCUCUGCAUGAACCGUGGAUUAACUGUUUACGUUAUAAUUUAACAAUCAACACAAACCAUCAAUCUGAUGCUGUAUCUAACAUGUUCAGCCUUUUGUUGUUGUGGGCCUAUGAAACUGUUAUUUUCAAAAGAGAUAGAUAAGAUAUUCACCUUAAUUUCCAUCAAUAAAAUGUUUCUGUUUUAUAUGAAUCCCCAAGCGCUUGACUAAUGUUAGUGUUUAUCGCCCAAAAUAAAUAAUAAACAAACUUC